AUUUUAUCGGAGUCCAAUUCCACUUACACUAAGGUAAUGUUGCUAAGGAAUGCUUUAUGUUCUAAAUACUAAUUAUUCACUCUCUCCCUUGUACAAUACUUAACCAACUAACACCACUACAGCACCAAACGACUCCUUUGUUGCUCUGGCCUUCCCCUUAAAGAAACAGAAAGCCAAAUGCAAUAAUGUUCAAGGUAAAAGAGGCACACUAAAGUUGGUGCUGAGGGACUUGGCUUAUUAAAUGCUGAUCAUCCCCUCCAUUUCUUUUCAAAAUCAAAUUGACCCUUCUGGCCUUCUCUUCCUCCUUCUUUCUAAGCAUCAUACUUCUUCUCUCCAUUGUUUCAUUUUUAUUUCCAAUUCUUCAAGUGAAAGGAAUAUAGGAACUUGAAGUGAUGAAAACAACAGAAUGUUAAAGGAAGCUUUGAUGUGAGGUGAGGUGAGGAAAUCACAAGAGGAAUUUGAAAAUGAGUACAGCAAGAUUCAUCAAGUGUGUUACUGUGGGAGAUGGAGCCGUGGGAAAGACAUGUAUGCUCAUCUCUUACACCAGCAACACAUUCCCCACGGACUAUGUGCCUACAGUUUUUGACAACUUCAGUGCAAAUGUGGUGAUUGAUGGAAGCACAGUUAAUCUAGGAUUAUGGGACACUGCUGGACAGGAGGAUUACAACAGGCUUAGGCCUUUGAGCUACAGAGGAGCAGAUGUGUUUUUGCUGGCAUUUUCCCUCCUCAGCAGAGCCAGCUAUGAAAAUAUCUCUAAGAAGUGGAUCCCUGAACUGAGACAUUAUGCCCCAAUUGUGCCAAUUGUACUUGUGGGAACCAAACUUGAUUUGAGGGAAGAUAGGCAAUAUUUGAUUGAUCAUCCUGCGGCCACACCUAUAACUACUGCUCAGGGAGAAGAGCUGAAGAAGGAAAUUGGUGCUGCUGUGUAUAUAGAAUGCAGCUCAAAGACUCAGCAGAAUGUGAAGGCUGUGUUUGACGCUGCAAUCAAGGUUGUUCUGCAGCCAUCAAAGCCAAAGAAAAAACGAAAGAAGAACAGAACAUGCGUUUUCCUUUAAUUGGUAUUCAUUUGAUUUGCAUCAUGUAACAUUCGUACCCUUCCCCUAAGUUUUCCUUCUGUUUUUUUACUUUAUUUGAUUGCAAGAAUCGCCCUUUCUGAACGUAUGUAUUCCAAACUCUACCCUCUUUCGGUUUUCCAAUACUUUUUAUUGCUGGUGGAUCUAAAUGAUGUUGUAUCUACUGGAUAAAUACAAGGAAAGAAUGUACUCAAUUAAAGAUAAUUUUUGUGAUAAGAAAAGUAUAAUAGCAUUAAUCAUCACUUUUGUGUUGCUCA